AUGGCUUCGCACGGCACCACCACCGCCACCAACCCCCUCACCGCCCCAACCUUCGGCUACCAAGCCGUCUACACCGACGGCAGCUUCGACCCUCAGACGAACGUAGCUGGCUGCGCCUUCGUCUUCAAAGACAGAGCCACGGAAAUGUGGCACUGUUUCGGAGAGUCCUGUGGCUUCCAAGCCAACGCCAAGGUCGCCGAGCUCGAGGGCAUCAAGGCCGCCCUCCUCUACGCCGAGGAGCACUGGAUCGGCAAGGUGACGGACCUGGAGAUCCUCACCGACGCCGUCAAAGCGAUCGGCGACAUCGAGCACUGCUUUUUCGGCGGCGUGCAGCGUGGCUGGCCUCACCUGGCGGUCACCAUCGACAUCUGCAACCUGAUUGCAGAUCUGGCCAACAACAACGCUGCUUCGCCGAUGCUGGUCGUCAUCAAGGCCGUCAAGGCACACUCCGGCAUCCGAGGAAACGACCUCGCCGACGAGAUGGCGGUGACUUCCCGCCGCACCAGUUAUCAUUUCGGGCGCACCACCACCACCACCGUGGUUCGCGACUCCAACGUGGCUUGA